AUGUCCGAGAUAAUCUACGGCGUGACGCCGCCAAUCUCGACCACUCUCCCGACCGAGGCAGAGAAGCGACUGAACAAUGCGCUACACCAGGAGUUGCGCGCACAGGGUACCUUCGAGAGCCCUCAGGAAACGGAGAAGAGAAGGGAGGUUCUGCGCCAACUCGAGAGGAUUACGAAUGUCUUCGUGCAGAGGGCGGCGGCCGAGAAAGAGCCCAAAAACACGUUUAUGAUCCGCGACGCCAUUGGCCGGGUUUUCACGUAUGGCAGUUACCGCCUCGGUGUCUACGGACCGGGCUCGGAUAUGGAUACUCUCGUCGUAGCGCCGAAAUACGUUACGGUUGAACAGUACUUCGAAAUCUUCCCCCAAGUCCUCGUCGAGAUGGCGCCGCCCGGGGCCAUCACCGACCUCACCCCCGUGCCCGAAGCCUUCGUUCCCAUCAUCAAGUUUGAGUUUUCCGGCAUCAGCAUUGAUCUCAUCUUCUGCUCCAUUCAGACGCUCAAACAGCUGCCGAACGAGAAGAACUGGAGCUUGGCCGACAACAAUCUCCUCCGCGGCCUCAGCGAGAACGAAGUGCGCUCGGUGAACGGGACAAGAGUGACGGACGACAUCCUACAUCUCGUGCCGGAGCCGGCCACUUUCAAGCUUGCUCUCCGAGCCGUCAAGCUCUGGGCGCAGCGCAAAGCCAUCUACGCCAACAUCAUGGGUUAUCCUGGUGGUGUUGCCUGGGCUAUGCUCGUCGCCCGGGUCUGCCAACUGUACCCCAAGGCCACAAGCGCGGUGGUUGUCAAUAAAUUUUUCCACAUCAUGUUCAAGUGGCCCUGGCCCCUUCCGGUUCUCCUCAAGGACAUCGAGUACGGCUGUCCCGUUACGCGAGUUGCGGUGUGGAAUCCCAAGAUUUAUGCCAGUGAUAGGAAUCACAGGAUGCCCAUCAUCACACCCUCCUACCCGUCCAUGUGCGCCACUCACAAUAUUGGCAGGUCCUCCAUGGCGGUGAUCAAACAGGAGCUGGAGAAGGGGAUCCAGGUAACGGAGGAUAUCAUGCUUGGAAGACGGCAGUGGAAAGACCUCUUCACAAAGCACACCUUCUUCACCUCGGGGUUCAGAUACUACCUCACAGUGAUUGUGUCAAGCAGGACCAAAAAGGCACAGAACGUCUGGUCGGGCUUCGUCGAAUCGCGGGUGCGGCUGUUGGUCAACAAACUUGAGAUGCACCCUUCCAUCGCCCUGGCCCGGCCCUUCAACAAAGGUUACGACCGAGAGCAUCGAUGCAAGGACAAUGCGCAGCUGGAAGAGGUGGUAUCCGUCGGCAGCCUCGCUUACGUGUAUAAGCCCCCGGCCGAUGGCGAGGACAAGGCGAAGGCCGAACCCAAGAUCGAGCCCAAGCGGGAGGUCAAGCAGGAUAUCAAAAUGGAAAACGGCGGGCCGGCAGUAAAGGAGGAAAAACCGGAAGCGAAAGGCGAUGACGGCAUGCGAAUUAAGCAAGAGCAUUCGGAGGCGACCCAGCUCCCACCUCCAUCGGACGUCAAGCCCGAACCCAGCGACGACACUGACGGCGAAAUCAGGCUGGAGGACAUCCCCGAGAAGAAAGAGGAGCCCGAAGAGAUGGAGAUCUAUACCACUAACCACUACAUCGGGCUGCAGAUGGUCGAGGGCUCCAAGUCGCUCGACCUGUCGCGCGAGGUGAACGACUGGAAAGCCAUGUGCACGUCCAACGAGCUGUAUGACGAGGGCCUGAUGUUCCUCUCCAUUCAGCACCUCAAGAACACGGGCCUCCCCGACGAUGUGUUUGAGCCGGGCGAGACCAAGCCCCGCCCCGUUAAGAAGAGCCUCAAGCGCACCGCGUCGGAGGAGCCCGGCAAUAGGCAGGUGCAGCCUCCCGCCAAAAGACAUGUUCUGGGUAAGGCGCCCGGUCCGCCGGCGCAGCAGCAACAGCAGCAGCAGCAACAACAGCAGCGACAGCAGCAACGCCCCGCUUCCACCGCGGCUGCGGCGGCUGGUUAG